CUGCUGGCGGACUUGGAGUCCACCACCUCCCACAUCUCCAAACGGCCUGUGUUUUUGUCCGAGGAGACCCCCUACUCAUACCCAACUGGAAACCACACCUACCAGGAGAUUUCUGUGCCACCCCCGGUCCCCCCACCCCCAUCCAUCGAGGCCCUCAAUGGCACCAUCCUUGACCCUUUAGACCAGUGGCAGCCCGGCGGCCCCCGAUUCAUCCAUCAGCAGCCGUUGUCCGCAUCACCUCUGUCUGCCUCCAGUGGCCCCACGCCCCAGAGCACCCUCCGCUCUCCGUGCUCCCGAGCAGGCGAGGAGGAGCACGUGUACAGCUUCCCCAACAAGCAGAAGUCAGCUGAGCCUUCCCCCACCGUGAUGAGUUCCUCCCUGGGCAGCAACCUCUCGGAGCUCGACCGCCUGCUGCUGGAGCUAAACGCCGUGCAGCAUAACCCCUCCGGCUUCCCUGCAGGUGAGGCCAACUCCAGCCCCCCGCUGCCUGCGGCCCUGAGCCCACACUAUGGUAUCCCGGAGAACAACAGCCCCCUGGGAGGCAAAGCUGGGCCCCUGACGAAAGAGAAGCCCAAGCGGAAUGGUGGUCGGGGCCUGGAGGACGUGAGGCCCAGCGUGGAGAGCCUGUUGGACGAACUGGAGAGCUCUGUGCCCAGCCCUGUCCCCGCGAUCACGGUGAACCAGGGCGAGAUGAGCAGCCCACAGCGAGUCACCUCCAGCCAGCAGCAGACACGCAUCUCGGCCUCCUCGGCCACCCGCGAGCUGGACGAGCUGAUGGCCUCACUGUCGGAUUUUAAGACCAGCUCUUCGGCUGUGGCCCUGAGCUACCAGGGGCCCCUGCCCCUCUCAGCUCCAUCCCCAUACCACACACUUGCUUCUCCUCCCACACCCUCUGUACCUCUGCCUCCCACCUUUGAACCCUCCCCUCGAGGCUGCGGCCACACCCUGGAGGUCCUGUGCAUCGAGGACACUGGCAAUGGCCGGGGCCUUCUAUCUCCUAUGCCCCUCAGUGAUCUUGAGGGGACGCCAGAUACUCCCAACUCAAGGGCUCCCUCCGCAGAGGGUUCUCUGGGGACGGAGAGCCAGGCUUGUGUUUGGAGGGAACACCUCUUUAGGGACACACAGAACUUCAAGGGUGAGCUCUCCAGGGCUCCUCCGGGCCACUCUCCUCCCCAAGUUGGGUACUUAGGCCCCCAGGAGCCUGGACACACCCAGCCACUGCUGGCCAACACUUUGCGCCCAGAGGAGGCUGUGGCUGUGUGGGCUUUGGAGGCGCCCAGGCCCGAGAUUCCCCAUGGCACUGCACACACCUUACAGGAAGUAACUGAGCCAGCUGUCGUGGCUGUGGACCGCCACGCCAUCUUCCCAGAUACGUGGAGUCUACCAGAGGAGCAUGGGCUGUGGAAGGAGAAGGCAAGGCCAGAGCCAGGGAGUCCAGAACUGGGCUUCCCUGCACCAGACCCGAAGGAGCAGCCAGGUGGAGAGACCCCCAAGAGGGGAGGCCUGAGCAGCUCAAGCCGGGGACCCGAGAUCCCACGGAGCUCAGGGGAUGCUGCAGUGGGUGCCGCCACGGCUGCUUCCGAGACCAAGCUGGAUCCCACGGAGCUUCCCUGUGUCACGGUCAUGGACACACCCACCACCACCAAGAGGAUUUCCACCUCUGGCCAGAUUCGCUCUGUGAUCAGGAGGAGCCGGGAGACAGGCCACGCACACCCCAUGUCCCGGGAGCCCUCCCCCCGCCGCCGGCUGGACCCUGCCACCCUGAGCAGGACGCCCUCCCAGGAGCGGCUCAUCGCAGAGCUGCAGGGUCGGCUGGGCAUCCGGCCGGAGGCCGAGGAAGCGGCAGUGGCAGCAGGGCCCUCGGAGGAGGACUGGCUGACCGAGGGCGUCAUCAUCACUGUGCAGCCGCUCGGGAGGCGGGCUGGGGGGCAGCUUGUGGAAAAGCAUCACAGAGACGCCUCGGCCUGCAGCUCCUCUCCCUUGCCUGGCCUGCCUGCUCCCCCUCCACCGGGACCCUCAGCUCGCACCUGGGGCUCUCCUGGGGUCCAGAGUGUGGGGGACAGUGCCUCCCUCGAUGAGGCUGCACAGGGCCCCGCCCUUCCCACCCCUGGGCCCCACACCGUGAGGCCCGCUCUGAGAAGGGAGAAAAGCCCUCGACGCCACGAGACACCUGCGCCCUGAAGUCCUGACCAGCCCUCUCCUUGUUUACAGUUCAUGGCCCAGGGGAAGGCGGGGAGCAGCUCUCCCCCCGGGGGCCCCCCGAAGCCCGGAAGCCAGCUCGACAGCAUGCUGGGCAGCCUGCAGUCCGACUUGAACAAACUGGGGGUGGCCACGGUUGCCAAAGGGGUCUGCGGGGCCUGCAAGAAACCCAUCGCCGGGCAGGUCGUGACCGCCAUGGGGAAGACGUGGCACCCGGAGCACUUUGUCUGCACCCACUGCCAGGAGGAGAUCGGGUCCCGGAACUUCUUCGAGAGGGACGGCCAGCCCUACUGUGAGAGGGACUACCACAGCCUGUUCUCGCCACGCUGCUACUACUGCAAUGGCCCCAUCCUGGAUAAAGUGGUGACCGCCCUCGACCGGACGUGGCACCCUGAACACUUCUUCUGUGCCCAGUGUGGGGCCUUCUUCGGUCCUGAAGGAUUCCAUGAGAAAGACGGCAAGGCUUACUGCCGGAAGGAUUAUUUUGACAUGUUUGCACCCAAGUGUGGCGGCUGUGCCCGGGCCAUCCUGGAGAACUACAUCUCGGCCCUCAACACCUUGUGGCACCCCGAGUGCUUCGUGUGCCGGGAGUGCUUCACGCCCUUCGUAAACGGCAGCUUCUUCGAGCAUGACGGGCAGCCCUACUGUGAGGUGCACUACCAUGAGCGGCGCGGCUCACUCUGCUCUGGCUGCCAGAAGCCCAUCACGGGCCGCUGCAUCACCGCCAUGGCCAAGAAGUUCCACCCGGAGCACUUCGUCUGUGCCUUCUGCCUGAAGCAGCUCAACAAGGGCACCUUCAAGGAGCAGAACGACAAGCCUUACUGUCAGAACUGCUUCCUCAAACUCUUCUGCUAG